AUGAAGGCAGGUCUUUUGGUGUCAAGCACUGUCGUUCUGAACGUCUCAAAUGAACUCUUGAGCAAGCACAAAUACAAGUACCUCCUCACUGGUAGGUUGAGUAAAGAUUGUCUUGAAAACAUCUUCUCCGUUCUAAGGCUCAAGAAAUCUGUCCCAAGUGCAUACGAUGUGAAGUGUGCUUUAAAGUUGAUUUGUAUUGGCCAGUUUUUGCAUAAGCACACAUCUUCUAGAUACAGCGUCGAUGACAGAACGUACCUGGCUGACCUCCUCGACCCCAGUAUCAAGAAACGAGAAGAAGAGGUCGAGGAGGAAUCUGAAGAAUUGGAAACCUUGUUUGUGUGUGGUCUGACUGGAGUCGGUUGCGACAUUCUUGCCUACGUGGGAGGUUUUCUUCUCAAGUCUCUCAUCAAGUCCAUUGGCAACUGCAAGGACUGCAAGGGAGCCCUAGUUGAAGAUAGUACAAACCAAUACAGCAGCCUAAUCCGCCUGAAGGAGUAUGUCAAGAAUGCUGGUAACCUCAUUCAGCGCAGCCAAACUGUGAUGAGCCUCUUGAUAGAGUGCGAGGAAAACUUCAAGGCUUUUGCAGAAAUGAAUGAAAUUCUGACGCUCAAAACUUCAUUCACUAGCAUUUUGAAUGCACUGUGCAAGUCUGUGAGAGUACGGUUAGGCUGCUGUGACAUGUACCAUGCACGAGCAGAAAAGAUACUGCUUGAUAAGUACGUGAGAACGAGGCUUAUGAUUUAUCUUCGACAGCAACAUGCACGGGGAGUAGAUGAAGCAUCAAGCAUGUCAUGUGCUGCGGCAAACCUUAAUUAA